CAUGUUGACCAGGAGCAAAAAUGUUUUGAAAGAAACGCAGAUAAACCGGGAUGAAGAAGUCUCCUCUAUUGCUUCGAGGGACGGUGUGAUCUUGAAAACCUUUCUAUUAGUUACGUGCAUCAAGAUCCUCUUGAUUCCUACUUAUCAUUCCACUGAUUUUGAAGUACAUCGCAACUGGCUAGCUAUCACAUACAGUUUACCUGUUAAGGAGUGGUAUGUGAAUGCACAAUCUCCAUGGACUCUUGAUUAUCCACCCUUGUUUGCAUGGUUUGAGUACUGCCUUAGCCAAAUGGCUGCAUUUUUUGAUCCAGAAAUGCUCAAGGUGGAGAAUUUAAAUUAUGCAUCACCAGCUACUGUAUAUUUCCAAAGAGCGACUGUCAUAUUUGCUGAUCUGAUACUUGUAUAUGGAGUGAGAGAAAUAAGUGGGACAUUCUGCAAAUCUUGGAAUAGCCAUGCAGCUUCUGUAUUUCUAUCACUGUGUAAUAUGGGAUUAUUGAUAGUUGAUCAUAUACAUUUUCAAUACAAUGGCUUUUUACUUGGAAUUUUGUUGAUAUCAAUAUCAAAAGUUUCAAAGAUUGGAAAAGAGAUAUCAAUGUUACAAGGUGCCAUAUGGUUUGCUAUUUUACUCAAUUUAAAACAUUUAUAUGUGUACGUAGCACCAGCAUACAUUGUCUGGCUGCUAAAAUCAUAUUGUUUAAAUAGUGGCAAAUUCUUCAAACGAUUAUUUACACUUGGGUUUAUUGUUCUGGCUGUUUUAACAGUUUCCUUUGGUCCCUUCAUAACUCAAUUAUCACAGGUAAUUUCUCGUUUAUUUCCAUUUAAAAGAGGCUUGGCACAUUCGUAUUGGGCUGCAAAUAGUUGGGCUUUCUAUAUUGGUGCAGAAAAAGUGCUGUCUGUCAUAUGGAAACAUUUAGGAUGGUUAAAAGAUGUUAAAUCUGCAGUAAUGACAGGUGGUCUAGUACAAGAACAGAGCUUCCUUAUAUUACCUACUCCAACACCUAUUUUUACAUUUCUCUUGACUUUUUUGGCAAUACUUCCUGCAUUAUGGUGCCUGCUUCGUAAAGAAUAUUACAUGAACUCAAAAUAUUUUGUUAGAUGUAUUGUAUUAUGUGCUUUAAGCUCAUUCAUGUUUGGUUGGCAUGUGCAUGAAAAAGCCAUAUUAACAGCAAUUAUACCUUUAUGUGUCCUUGCUGCAACAAACAAAGAAGAUGCGCGGAUAUUCAUAAUUUUAAGCAGUGCUGGACAUACUGCUCUUUUGCCAUUGCUAUAUCCCAAUAACUUAUUUUCAUUAAAAUUACUAUUAUUGCUGACAUAUAUGCUUUCAUCGAUUUUGAUUUUAACUAAUCAACACGUUAGACCUCUAUUGAGAUUAUAUGAAUGGUUAUACAUAAUACCAUUGCCAUUAAUUACAUUUUAUGAAGUGAUACUGCAUAAAUUAUUAUUCGGCAGUGGAUUACCAUUUUUACCAUUAGCAUUUACUUCUAUAUACUGUGCAAUUGGUAUAACUUAUUGCUGGAUAUUGUAUUAUUAUAUAUAUCUGCAGAAUAAUGUUUGUACUGACAAUGGAACAGUGGACAGCAAAUUGAGAUAUCAAAGAUUAAAGAAUAAACAAUCUUAGGAGAUAUAAUCACUAAAAAUUUGUGUAUGUGCGAAAGAAUCAUGUUGAUAAUAUUAUCGUUAUGUAUUAAUGCAUUUAAGCAAAUUUGCUAUAAAUUAAAAGCAUAAAAAUUUGUUAUUUCUGAAAAUAUAU